ACUGCGCUCGGACCUUCCGCACCUGUCGCACGCACUUGCGCUUUCCCCGCUCUAAGCCGCGCUGACGCUGACUUACUGGUGACGCGUUACUUUCGAUCGCCUGGUCAUGGCCUACCCGGGAUACGGAGGGGCGUUUGGAAACUUCAGUGGUCAGAUUCCAGGCAUGCAAAUGCAGAUGGGCCAGCCAAUGCCAGGGGCAGGUCCCAAUAUGUUCUCUGGUGGCUACCCUGGAUACCUGGGUUAUUCUGACAGCUACUCCCCUGCCGACGACUCCAUGUGGACUUAUUUCACAGCUGUUGCUGGUCAGGAUGGUGAGGUGGAUGCUGAGGAACUGCAGAGAUGCUUGACCCAGUCUGGAAUUAGUGGAACUUACGCACCUUUCAGUUUGGAAACCUGCAGAAUUAUGAUUGCCAUGUUGGAUAGAGACUACACAGGAAAAAUGGGGUUCAACGAAUUCAAGGAGCUUUGGGCCGCUCUUAAUGCCUGGAAGCAGAACUUCAUGACCAUUGACCAAGAUCAAAGUGGCACGGUAGAACAUCAUGAGCUGAGUCAAGCCAUCGCUCUUAUGGGCUACAGGUUGAGUCCACAGACAUUAGCUGCAAUUGUCAGACGCUACAGCAAGAAUGGCCGGAUUUUCUUUGAUGACUAUGUUGCCUGCUGUGUGAAGCUGCGCGCCCUGACAGAUUUCUUUAGGCGAAGAGACCACUUGCAACAAGGGAUUGUGAAUUUCAUGUAUGAAGAUUUUUUGCAGGGCACUAUGACAAUUUGAAAGCCUAGCAUUCCAAAGGCGGAGACAGACUGCGAAUCCUUCUGCUUCAUUGAAACAGACUGGACUACCUAAAAUUGAAAGCUCGCGGAACUGUUUUGUAUACCUUCCUGUGAAAGCUCCCCGCCCUUUCUGUUAUUUAACCUUAAAGCACAGUUCAAUGCAAUAACUUUUUUAUUUGGAAUAUAUUAUUUUUGGAAAAGUUAUGACAUUGCAGAUAUAUGCACGCUCUCUUGAAAUGUUGCUAAUGGUAUGUAGCUAACUGAUCCCAGCAUACCUGAGCCUUAGUUCUUAACAAUAAAGCAUAGCAGAAUGUAGUCACAUGACAGAUUGUCUACUAAGCCAAAUAACGAAAGUCUAGAUAAAACUUUUAUAUUAUCUAAAGGCUACAAGUUAUACUUGUGAUGUUGUUUGUGUCUGUGGGUGUUUCUAGGAGUGAGUCAGAGGGGACAGCUGCACUUUGUGCUGUCUUUUGGGUUUUGAUUAAACCAUCAGAGGACAUAGCACAUGUUCGUGGCCAGUGAACUGUAGUUCCUAAGACUUUAUCGUUCUUUGGGUCUGUCAGCCUAGAGUAGUAGUAGGUAUUGUUUCACCUAUUUUUUAUUGCAUUAUUUUUGUACAAUAUGUUUUAUUGUCUUCCCACAAUUGUUUUUGUUUUCAACUUCUCUGUUUUCAUUUAGCUGUGUUUUGUGAGACAGGGUCUUUCUACAUAGCCCAGUGUGACACAAAUUCAUGGUCUUCCUUUCUUGUCCCUCAUUGUUUGUAGAAAUUCAAGACUUGCACACCCUUGCCCAUACUAAAAAUUCCAAUGAAGAUGCUUUUCUCUUUCAUUAGUGAAGGCCCAGGUAACCUAAAAUGUCAACCGUCCCUGAAUCCCGCAGCUCAGAGGAGCAGCACACAUUAGUGCUGGGUCAGCAUUCAUUCACGUUUGUUCAGUUAAAGCCAGGUUCUGCUCCUAGUUAAUGGCAACAGUUUAUAAAGCAAACCAAGUGAUCUGCCUCUGUUAACUGUUCAGAAAUUCUGUGUUGGAUUGGUAGUAUGGACUAAUUUAUGUGUGCCUGUUUGUGUGUGUGUGUGUGUGUGUGUGUGUGUGUGUGUGUGUGUGCCAAGUAGUGUUUUGACUUUUUUCUUUUUUUUUUUAUAAAAUUAUAAAAUUAUCCUCCUCCUCCCAUUCGUCCACUUCCCUUUCCUCCUCUUCUUCCUUUUCCCCCUCUUUUUCCUCCUCUUCUUCCUCUUCCUCCUCCUCCUCCUUCUUGUUCCAUAGGCAGUGUUUUUGGUGAAAUUUUCUAUAGAGAUUUCAGUGGUUACCGGGUUCUUUGCAUUAAGUUGUCUGAUCUAAGAUGUCAGAGUUAAUUUGGUUUCUGAAUUUUCGUAUAUUUUAACUGAAUAUAUUCUAGCUGAAUUCUGAUGCAAAUAGAUAUAAUUUUAGUGUAGCUGGUGACCAAAUUAAAUAUUUAAGAAAGAACUCCAUGAUUUUUAAAAAUAUUUUUAAAAGAAAACUCCACAAAAGUGCAAGCUCUUUUUAUAAAUACAGAAAACUUAAAAUCAGCUUUUACUUCAAAAGAUCCUGAAAAGGAAAUGAUGUCUAAUCAUUUUGAUAUUGAUUACUAUGUAACUUGCCAUCAAUCUGGAUACUUGGUUAUUGUGUAAGAAUAGAUCAAUGAAUAAUGCAUACACAUUGUCCUCUGACAAUUUGUUCAUGACCACAUAGUCAGUAGCCUGAAGGAAUAUUAAGGGAACCAUUGAAGGUACAGAAUCUGAAGCUGUCAUAGAAAACAGAAGCCACACCAUGAUGUUGUAAGUCAUUGAGCAGUGUACACUCUUAAUGUAUAAGUGCUUUUAUUUAUACAGUAAACAUGUUUCCAUGUCAUUUUGAGAAUUUUUUAAUAAACAUUCAAAUAGCUUGCUGUAAAGUUUUGUAUCAUACAAAAUUUGUUACAUAUAUACUGCAAUGAGAUGCCUCAGUUCAAACAACGGUGCAUUAAUUCAGCUAUUAUCUAAAAGAUUGCCAAAUGGUUAAAUGCCAGGUAUUGCACUUCUAGUGUGAGUGGCAGUUUACACACUUUAAAUUACAUCAAGGGAAAAUCAAUACUAUGAGAAUCUUGAUUUGGUCCACUUUAAAUGUAUUUUUAAGGACUGUGCUCAUUAACCUAUUUUAGGCAUGCAUUCAGAAAAAAGAAAGUUAACAAAUAUAUAUUCAAGUUAUAUAUUUAUUUCCAGAAAAAGCAUUUAGCCUGGAAGAAAGUAGAAUUUAUCAAGGUAGUUUAAACUCUGUGCAAUUAAAAAAAUAAGAAAAUCAAUUUGUGAUAGUUCUUUAAUUAAAAUAUACAAAUCAAGUCCACUUGUAAUCUUAUGAUAGUACUGAUUGAACAAACAAAAUAAAUACUAUUCGUGAGAAAUGUGCUUUUUUAAAUGUUCUUUUCUGUUUGACAAACUAAAGUGGAUAUGUUUUGUCUUGUUUCAUUAACAACUUCCUGUAAAUUUGAUAGGAAUAUGUUUUUUAAAGUUUGUAAAUUGAACCC